GAGGCGCUGGGGGAAUCCAGACUCGUCCCGAAUCGGGCUGUUAAGGAACCGGAAAGCAAGAAGCCUCGGGACUGGAGAAAGUCCCUGACCCCGCUGGCCUUUACUUUUUAAAAUUUGUUCUAGUCAACCAUUCAGCGAUUUUUGAGCAAAAAAGAUUCUCUGGCCUGCAGCGUGAUUUUGGCUUGAUGUGAAAAGAUUAAGGGACCACCCGAGUGGAACAACUCGAACUGGGGAUCAAUGCAAAUGUAAGAGGAAUUUAUUGUUCCAACGCAUUGGGGUCAUCUUCGCCUGAAGGGAGAGAGGUGGUGACCCUGGGCAGCCUGCCUGAAAUUAUGAGUCGAGGAUCUCAACUUCACAUUUUUUGGGGUGCUCCAGUUGCUCCACUGAAAACAACAGUAUCACAGGGAACUGCCGCUGCCAACACAUGGGAAAAAGUCCGACUCUUUCACAAACAGCAUUCUUGGUAUCUGAAGACUGGAAAUCAGGAGUAUAAAAAUCUGGGAGAUUGUCAAGUCCCUGAAGGUCCUGGCCCUCCAGGCUUUCUUAGUGGUCAUCUUUUAACAACUAAUGUGAGUGGAUCUGUUCAGGCGGAAGAAGACUUUAAACAUUCUACUUCUGAAGCACAGAGUGAAAAGUCCCAGUUCAACCUGAGUGAUAGGACUAGUGUACAAAUAUGUGGACUUAUGGACAGAGUUCAGCAUUUACCUGAAGAAGAAAAAUAUCAAAAGCUUCGAUGUGAAAAUAAGAAAAUUAUAGAUGAACAGUCUAAAAAUCAGUCAGAUCCUUGUGUUCGGAACUUCCAAAGAGAUUUGUUUGAGUUAGACCGUAAGUGUGCAGCUGAACUGGAUCUGAGCUGUCGUACUGGACAGAUGAGUCCAGGGCCAAAGCCUGUGACAACAAAGCCAGAGUCGACAGGAAAUCAUGAACGACUGAGUCAGGAGAGCUUUUCCUCUGACACAAAGUGUGGACCACAGUAUGAGAGAGCAGUCGAAAAGGCCUCAGACCAGAGACUAUCUACUGACACUGAAUUUCUCAGUGUGAUGACCUCCAGCCAGCGUGCUUUUUUUCUAGCUGAAGGGAAUGAUAAAGGUCAAGACUGUAUAAAUAAGAGGACUGUAAACAUGGAGACAGAACCCACAGGAAGCCAGAGAGUCAGACUAACUGAAGGGGAUUUUAGUAAGUCUGGUGGAGAUUUGGAAGAAGGAUCUGAAAAUGAACAAAGCCAAGUAUAUUCCCUGGAACUUUUUAGUCCCGUUUGUCCUGAAUCAGAAAGCAGUCACAUUCACAUAAACCCUGGAAAAAGUCUUGGAAAUACAAGCUCUCAAGGACUGUUCAGUAAUGAAGAAAACCUGCCACCAAAUGAGGUACGCACUGAGUUGUGUAGCUCAGGAAUGUUGUGUCCCCACCUAAGCCGCUCCCAUCAGAGUACCACUGAAAGGAGCCGGUGCUCUAAAGACAAUUCCCACCAUUCUGAAGCUCUUUCUGAAGUCCGUCAGGUGUCCAAGAAGCCAAGGACAGACUCUAAUAUAAGAGAGGCCGCCAAAAGAGUGCCCCAGAGGAUCAUGUCUGAAUUUAAGGACAGUAAAAAAAUAUCAUUAAUAAAAAAUUGUGAUUCUAAAAAUCAGAAGUAUAACUGCUUAGUUAUGGUGCUAACCCCAUGUCAUGUGAAGGAAAUAAAUGUCAAAUCUGGACCAAAUUCUGGUUCUAAAGUGCCAUUAGCAACGAUUGUAGUAAUUGAUCAGUCAGAAAUUAAGAAGAGAGUUGUUCUGUGGAGGACUGCAGCGUUUUGGGCACUUACAGUGUUUCUUGGUGAUAUAAUUUUACUUACAGAUGUUGUUGUUUAUGAGGAUCAGUGGAUUGGUGAGACAGUACUCCAAUCAACAGUCACCAGUCAGUUACUGAAUCUUGGAAGUUAUUCACAUAUCCAGCCUGAAAAAUAUGCCAAUGUAAUUGCCAAUGUUAUACUUCAGGACUUACUGGCAUAUGUAUCUUCAAAACAUUCCUACCUCAAAGAUCUGCCUCAGAGGCAGCCUCAGAAUAUAAACACUGUCGAGUUUGUGGAAUUGGAGCAUUUGCAGCCUGAUACAUUAGUCCAUGCAAUACUCAGAAUAGUGGAUGUCACUGUAUUGACAGAGGCAUUAUAUAGUUAUAGAGGACAGAAGCAAAGAAAAGUUGUGUUAACAGUGGAACAGGCUCAAGAUCAACAUUAUGUGCUUGUUUUAUGGGGUCCUGGAGCAGCCUGGUAUACUCAGCUUCAAAGGAAAAAAGAUUGUAUUUGGGAAUUUAAGUACCUUUUUGUUCAGCGGAACUACAUACUAGAAAACUUAGAAUUACAUACAACACUGUGGUCCUCCUGUGAAUGCCUUUUUGAUGAUGAUACAAGAGCAAUUUCAUUUAAAGCAAAAUUUCAAAAAAGUACAUCCUCCUUUGUCAAGAUAUCAAACUUAGCAGCUCACCUAAAGGAGAAGUAUUCAGGAGUGGUUCUGAUUAAAGCCAAGGUUUCAGAGCUGGUGUUUUCUACUGCAGCAGCUCAGAAGAUAGCUCUGAAUGCUCGCAGUACUCUGAAGAGCAUCUUCUCAUCUCUUCCCAAUAUUAUAUACGCUGGCUGUGCACACUGUGGGUCAGAACUAGAGACCGAUGAAAACAGGAUCUACAGACAGUGUCUGAGCUGCUUGCCAUUUGUUGGGAAAAAAAUGUUCUAUAGGUCAGCUUUAAUGACCAUAGUUGAUGGAAGACAUAAUACUUGUGUCCAUGUUGGGUCAAAGUUGAUGGAGCAGAUUCUUCUCAACAUUUCUCCAGAUUGCCUCAACAGAGUGAUAGUGCCAUCCUCCGAGGUCACCUACGGCAUGGUCGCUGCAGACCUGCUCCACUCCUUGCUGGCAGUCAGUGCAGAACCUUGUGUGCUGAAGAUCCAGAGCCUUUUCGAGUUGGAUGAAAACAGCUUCCCACUGCAACAGGAUUUCUCCCUACUAGAUUUCUGUCCUGACUCCUGUACAAGGUGGAGUCCAGGACUGUCUCUAAGGGCAGAGGACACAGGAGGCACUCCUGGGAAGGAGUGAUGAAGCAAUCUGUCUUUUGAAGAUGUAUUCAUUUUUAUUAUAUGUAUAUAAGUGUUUUGCUUGUGUAUGUCUGUGUACGAUGUAUGUACCUGGUGCUCACAGAGGCCAGAGGAGGGUGCUAGAUCCCCUGGGACUAGAGUAAUAGGUCGUUGUGAGCCGCCAUUUAGAUUUUGAGAAACUGCUCUUAACUGCUGAGCCCUCUAACCCUACUUGAAAUGAACUGACAUGGAUUUUGCUUAGAGCUUUUUAAAAUAAGUAAUUUAUUAGCAUAAUUUAAUUGUGCUAAAUACAUGAAUUAUUUUUAAAGAAA